AGAUUGUGGGUGUGAGUUACAGUUUUAAGCUGUAGUUUGGCGGUGAGCUGACAGGUAAUUCCUGCACGAAUCACAAGCUCUCAAGAAGUAGGGAUUCCGGAAAGGGAAGAAGUUCACUCACUAGAAAAGGAGCCUCGGGUCUCACACCCCUUUGGGACUUGCGCGGCGUGUCUGAGAGAGGUGGUUACGAGGUAUCUCCAGGUGAAGGAAUCUGAUUUUACCACCAUGUCUUCGGAGUUCUUUCUGCAUCCUCUGGACGGCGGUCCCCGCGUGCCCGUGGGGCCGGGGCAGACUGUGAUAGGCCGCGGGCCGCUGCUGGGAAUAACAGAUAAAAGAGUAUCCAGAAGGCAUGCCAUUCUUGAAGUGGUGGAUAGUCAGCUCCGAAUCAAACCAGUCCAUAAGAACCCAUGUUUCCACCAGUCCUCGGAGAAGAGCCAGCUCUCGCCAAUGGAGACCCACGUGUGGAGCCGGUUGCAUCCUGGGGACAGCUUUUCCUUGUUACUUGACAAGUAUGCUUUCCGUGUUUCCUCUACACAAUCUGAAGUGGAAGUGGAGAGUACUCUGAGAAACAGUCAGAUGCUUGAUGAAGAUGAUAUAUUGAAUGAGAUGCGGAAGUCCCCUGUGGUUAACUUACCUGAUAAGACAGCUGGUGCCUCACAGCUGCAAGGAAGCCCCGAAGUAACCAAGACCAAGUGUCCCACCGUAGAUCCUAUGUCCUCUUCAGGUGACUGCCGAGCUUUCAGUGAGCACCAGCCACAUCCUGCCCAGAGGAAAAGGAUCCUCCCAGCAUGGAUGUUAGCGGGAAGUCUAAGUGAUCAGAACCUUUCCAUGCCUGCUGAGGGUGGAGGAGAUAAGGAUGCCAUCCAGAGGGAUGGAAGAGAAGGAACCCGUGAAGAUAAAACCCCAGUGAAUACAUCAUGGUGUGGGAGGAAGCGGUUUAUUCCACCAGGAAAUUCAAAAAGCGCGUCAGCAGAACAAGACCCUGGGAAGAAGUGCAGAAGGUCCGACCGAGAAGGACUGGCUGUUUCACCCGAGGAUGUGCCAGAAUCAUCGUCUUCAAUCACAGUAAGUGACCCGGAUAUGGAUAUUGUGAAGGCAAAUAAACUGAGUGACACAACUUCAGCAGAGGAACUAGGUGAGGCCUCUAAACAUAAAGCUGUCACCAAACCAACCACGAAUGACGAGGACAAGACUGUGAGCCAUCCCAAGUGUCGUGCAGGUGUCCAAAGCAAGUCAUUUCCUGAGAAAUCCCAAGGAUGCCAUCCCGAGUCCAGCCCUGCUCCCUCCAGCCCUGGUGCUUCGCUCACAGACACCGCCGACUCAGUGCUAGGCCGUUCAGAGGAAAACACGGUCCGGAGGACGUCCUGCAUGUAUGGGGCCAGCUGCUACAGGAAGAAUCCGCUCCAUUUUCAACACUUCAGCCACCCUGGUGAUAGUGACUAUGGAGCUGUACCUGUCACAGACGAAGGCGUGACUGGUGACAGGCCUGAGUGUCCCUAUGGGGCAUCUUGUUACAGGAAGAAUCCCCAGCACAGGAUGGAAUAUAGGCACAGUGCACUUCCGGCCAGAGUUGCUGUGGAUGAAGAUGACGAUGAUGUUGGGCAGCCGAGUGACAGUGACGAGGAUGAGGAAGACUAUGAGCCGACAGAUGAAGAUUCUGACUGGCAACCAGGAAAGGAUGAUGAGGAGAAGGAAGAUGUGGAUGAGCUUUUGAAAGAAGCAAAGCGGUUCAUGAGAAGGAAAACGUAGCUUUUCUGCAACGACGGAACACACACUCACAUUUGCUUUUCUCCAUGGGAAACAUAAUCACUUCCCUCUUUCACUAGUUCUCUGCACCUGAAGCCUUGGAACGCCGGCCUUCAGUGAAGGUGGGGAGCGAAUGCCGGCUGCUGCCUGUUUUGGUGUCUAUUACGCACCCGUCAUUGGAAGCGGGUGGAGUUGGGCAGACUGAUCUUUGUCAUAUCCUUUACAUACUGCUAAUAAAAAGCCAGAGGUUGCACAAACCUUUGGUCUUCUGCCCAGAGGUCUUUAUAGUUUACCCUGCGAGCUUAGCCAGGCGAUUGCAGAGCAGUGGGAGAGCCUAGCCCCACACUGCUAAAAGAGUCCCUCACAAAGCCGGACUUGAACAAAUGACAGCCAGCAGUGUGCUAUGUCUCUAAUGUAUUAGAUGUGGCUGUGUGAUUUCAUUUGUGGCUUUUGUUCUUUGAAUCCUGGGAAAACAAAUGGAUGCUGAGAAUGAUCCUAUUAACCUCCAGGGCAGCGGUACUGGCCUUGCAAGGAAAUGGGCUUUGUGCAUCCACGACUGCUUAUGUGUGAGUGCGAGAGAAGAAAGCACACGGCUGUGGAACACUUCCAUUCCUCUCACCUCGUGCCCCUCCCGAUUACUUUGCCUGCACUGCGCACCUUUACACUGAGGAUACAGAGAAGGUUCUAGCCACAGUCCCCUUUUCAUUCUUCGAGAGGAAAUAAAAUGUGCAUCUUAGAAUAGGAGGUGUCGCAUAUGUUUCCUUAGUACUUAUGGGUCUCUAUGUACUUGUACAAUGUUAAUAUUUACUUAACCUGAAGACAGACAGAAUAAAUAUUUCUCUGUUAUCAUUA